CAACCUACAAACAACUCGACGCCAACCUUGAAACCUGGACCCUUCAAGUCCUCGCCGCCCACAAACCCAACUCUCUUUCACCAGAUACCCUCCAGCGGCGACAACACCACACACACCACAUUCAUUCAUAAAUCCAAAGUCGCCACCAAGAUGUCUCCCUCUCUUGUCACCAUCGACACCAGCCCCGAUUUCAAUUUCGGUGGCAAUUCCAAGCUGGUCAAUGGCUCCUCCAACACCACCACCUCGUCCUCCUCAGCAGGCCGCACCCUCCUGCUGGCACCUCCCUCCGUAGCCUCGCAGGGCGAUUUAACCACGGUCAUUCCCAGCUACGACCGCGCCACGACUGACCUUCAGAUGCUCGACCGCCUGUCCGCAGGCCUCGUCACCCUGCCCGCCGAGACAUAUGACCUCGUCCUGCUCCUGACUGACGCGGAUGGCGCUAGACACGCCGAGACAGUCGUCCUGCUGUCGCGCGAGGUGUUUAACGCUUUGGUCCCCGCGAUGCGUGCGGGUGCAAAGCUGAGAACCCAGGACGGACGAUUUGGCGAGAAAGAGCUGCGCGAGGCGGUCCUCGCUGGACUGGUUGAGAAGGACGGCGCAUUCGAGAAGGUCGAGGAGGAGGUUGUUGCUAUCCCUCUGCGAUUUGGCAAGAAGAAGAAUAUCGAGAACGGCAAUGGUGCCCUGCACAGCUCUGCUGGUCCUGCCCCUACCACUCUGUCUAUGGUCCCUCCUGCCGUUAAGGCCAUGCCUGCCGGUGUCGGUUUCGACUUUGGCGAUGAUCUGGAUGAUGACGACGACCUGAUUGACGAGGACGAGUUGAUGACCGAGGCGGACCUCAACCGACCCAUCCAGAUUCCUCCCGAGUGUGCCCCUCAGCCUGGCAAGAAGCGCCGCGCCUGUAAGGACUGCACCUGUGGUCUUGCAGAGCGCCUCGAGGCCGAGGACAAAGCCCGCCGCACCCAGGCCGACAAGGACCUCAACACCCUGAAACUGAAGAGCGAGGACCUGAACGAGCUAGACUUUACAGUGCAGGGCAAGACAGGUAGCUGCGGCAGCUGUGCGUUGGGCGAUGCGUUCCGAUGUGCCGAUUGCCCCUACAUCGGUCUCCCUCCUUUCAAACCUGGCGAGGAGGUCAAGAUCCUGAACAACGUCCCUCAGUUCUGAGCGCUAUCGGGUUUCCGAUGCAGCACUUUCGGUGCAUCUGGAUGCAAACAACUUCCAGUCAAAUAAUCGGAAUCGUAGCUGGCUUAACUUGUUCGAGAACGCACAGCCCAACAGAAAACGACACCAAGGUCGGAGACCAUACUGGCAUGACGAACUCAUCCCUGUCCUCGCUCAAGAAAAGAGCCACGGAUUGCAGCGAUGGCUUCUGGGGAGGUAAAUCAAGGGGAUGAUCACAUUGGGUGGGCUGAAUGAUCCCACUUUUGUCCUGAAAAGAUCAAGCAAAGCCGUUGUUGGCUAGCAGAGUGAUGGGUCAAGUUGGGAUCUAGUUUAGCCGGAUGGAUGGAUAUGAAAAGCCACAACAGUCAAGAUGCACGACAGCACUGUGUCUGGUCGAGUCGAGACAAGACUUGAGAAUACAGCUCUUAAUUGAAAAGAGAACCAAUCAACCU